GAAUGAACUUUUGCUUUUAAACAUAACCUGGCAUUGGAAUCUUUUGACAAGAGUAACACAUAUAUCAUGGCAGGCAAUUCGUAUAAUUUUUAAGAUUAUGAUAUGACUGUGUCGAAAUUGUUGUUGCACCACAUUGAUUCUUGAAUUGCUAGGAAUCCAAGUGCUAUGAAAAGAUAUAAACAGAAAAGGUUUUCCUGGGAAAAAAAAGGUGACAAGACAUGAACAGUGCCCCAAGAGUACUCGAAAUAAAUGGAUCCAUUCACUGAGAAACGUGAUAAAGGUUUCAACUCGAGGGGUGGCAGAAAUGAAAAGCAAUCAUCAAAUGGAUGAAAGACGGGAUGAAGGCGACGACAGAGACAAUUCAACAGAGUGGCUUAACUUGAGUCUCGGCAGGCACGGAGAUAUUGUUGCACCAAAGGGUGGUUUCCAAUCAAAAUAUGUUCCCAACAAGGUCUUCUCUUGCAACUUCUGCAGGAGGAAGUUCUGCAGUUCACAAGCACUCGGUGGCCACCAGAACGCCCACAAACGGGAGAGGGGAGUAGUUAGACGGUAUCAGUCGGAGACACUGAUAGCAAGGGUGGGUUUGCCUGUAAAUAGGCCAAUGCCCCGAUCACUUGGUGUUCAGCCCCAUUCAGUUGCGCGCCAACUGAACACAGCUUGGAGACCUGUGGUUGCAAGAUUCAAUGAUUCCAACAAAGAGAUUGUGGGGGCAUGGACUGGAUCCAUUGACAGAGAUACAAGUUUGAACUGGCCAGGAAGUUAUCAUGUGGACUCGCAAUCCUUGAAAUCACCAGAAGAGUUGCUAAAAAUCGACUUGGACCUCCGGUUAUAAUCUCCUUCCAUAAAUUAAAUGAAAUGUUCUGUAAUGCCUAUUUCAUGAGAUUUCUAGUGCACUUUUAACAACCAAAA